AUGUCUACGACCACUCCAGCUCCUACAGCUUCCACAACCAAACCCACCAAAGCCAUCACCAAGACCGUGCGGAAAGCUGUAAAUGCCCUCCUCAAAUGGCGAAACUCCAAGUUGCAGACCGAGAAACCGGAUCUCUUAGAAUCCGACGAGUUCGCCUAUCUCGUUCUCACCCUCAAGAAAAUCCCACCAAAGGCUCGCAUAAACGCCUACAAAGUCCCUCUCCCAAAUCCUCUCCAUUCCCAGCUCUCUGAGCUCUGCUUGAUAUACGACGAUGGACCCAAGUCCGAUCUCACCAAGGACUUCAUCCAGAAGAAAAUCAAGGCCGAGAACAUACCCAUCUCGAAAAUUUUGAAGCUUUCGAAGCUCAAGACUGAUUACGUGCCCUUUGAAGCCAAGAGGAAGCUGUUGUAUUCUUAUGAUAUGUUUUUGGCUGAUAGGCGGAUUGUGCCUUUGCUUCCGAAGUAUUUGGGGAAGCAGUUUUUUAAGAAGAAGAAGAUUCCGGUGCCUGUGGACUUGGAGCACAAGAAUUGGAAAGAGCAGGUUGACAAGGCAUGUGGGUCGGCCUUGUUGUUCUUGAGUACCGGGACGUGCAGCGUGGUGAGGGUAGCGAAGGUGUCGAUGAGCGUUGAUGAGAUUGUGGAGAAUGUGCUUGCGGCGAUUAACGGGAUUGUGGAGAUUGUGCCUAAGAAGUGGAGGGAUGUGAGGUCAUUUCACUUGAAGUUUCUGGAGUCGCUUGCAUUGCCGGUUUACCAGGCCGUGCCCGAUUUGACAUUGAAGAUUGAGGGAGCUAAGAGUGAUGAGGAAGUUAAGGAGGAAGUGAAAGAGGUUGUUAAGUCUGAGAGUAAGGGUUUGAAGAGUGAGAAAAUGAGUAAGAAGAAGGGUAGAAUUCAUGAAGUGAGGUAUAUGGAUAGCAAUGCUGGUGAGGUGCUUGAUGAUGAUGAAUUGGUUGGUGAUGGGGAUAUUGGAGAAGGUAAGCAAAGUGAGAAUGAAGAACCGGGUAGUGGUGAGUUGGGGAAGAAGAAGAGGAAGAAGGAAAAGGUUGUUGGUGAGUCUAAGGGUGACAAAAGGUUGAAGAAAUCAGCGAAGGUGAAAGAUGAUGCUGAAUUAAAUGGGGAAAAGGGUGAGUUUAACAAUGAGAAACAGUUGAAAAAGUCGGUCAAGUUGAAAGAUGGAGAUGAUGAGGUUCCUGUUGAGAAACAGUUGAAAAAGUUGGCUAAGAUGGUAGAUGAAGAUGAUGCCACUAUCAAGCAUAAGAAAGAUGGGUUGUCUUCGAAGGGGAAGAAAAAAGAUGUUACAAAGAAGAAAGCAGAUGAUUUGCCAGUCAAGGGUGAAGAGUCUGUUGGAAAGAAGGAGAAGAGGAAGAGUGAACAUGAGAAGUUGAAGAGCGGGGAAGCAAAGCUGAAGACGGCUAAGAGAAGUAAGAAAGCAACAGAGUAA